UUUUAAGAAUAAAGUACAAUUUUUUUGCAUAUGGGCUCAGGGCUGACUUGCUAUGCCACUGGUACUACUAACAUAAAAAUAGCUGUUAGUUUAAGUUGUAAAUGUUAAACAGGCUUGCCAUAGUAAGUUGCACUCAUCGCUCAAGCUCUGUACGUGUGAAAGAGACUCGUGUGUCUUUAAGAGAGCCGCAUUACAGGUGGGAUGACGCUGUCUGAGAGACUCGGUGUGGUAGGGACGAUGCGUUUCGUGGGUUAACAGCACUCAUUUCUGCCCCUGUCUCUGAUGCUCAAGAAAAGGUAGUGUCUAUUAUUCACUGCCGAAGACGGCUCCGCGAUUCUUCUCUCCAGUCCCAACGCUAAUGCUGUAUCCAUGUGCAAUGCUUUUGACAGCUUUACCCCAACUAAAUCUAAAGACCGAGGUCUGUGGAAGAAAAAAAAAAAGCAUUCUGCAGGUUGAUGACCCUAUUGAUAUGCUCCCCAAGUCAAGAAAAGCCCUUAGCAUCCAGGAAAUUGCAGCUCUGGCCAGAUCAUCAUUUAAUGGCAUCUCACAGGUGGUGAAAGAUCACGUCACCAAACCCACAGCCAUGGCUCAGGGUCGGGUGGCUCAUCUGAUUGAGUGGAAGGGCUGGUCUAAGCCCUUAGACCCUCCAUCUGCUACACUGCAGUCCCACUUUAACUCUUACUCCCAUCUCAGCGAGGGUGAGCAGGAGGCCCGGUUUGCAGCAGGUGUGGCUGAGCAGUUUGCCAUUGCAGAGGCGAAGCUUCGUGCCUGGACCUCUGUAGAUGAGGAGGAGAUGGAUGAAGAGUCCUAUGAAGAGGAUCCUCCUCUAAAUGACGAGCCAAUCACAACAACUCUGAGUUCAGACGCUGUAUUAUCCAAUCAAAGCUGCCCAGUGCCAAGUCAGGCUGAGACAGACACCGCUGAAAUCCCAUGCUCCGACGGCACACUCAGUCAAUCAGACCCAGACGAGCCACUCAUCUCAGAAGAAGUGCCACCACACGCCCAAGAACUCCAGCUUUCAGAAGGCGAGGGCGACAGGGCCAUAUGUGCGGUUCACAAACCAGACCGAAGGCCUUUGUGGAGUAAGGGAGACUCCUGCUACUACUCCACCUCCUACUCCGAGUCUGGCCUUUCACCUGAGGACGAAGAGGAGGAGGAUGGAAGAGAGGUGGAGGAAGGGGAGGACAACGUCUUUCAGGAAGUCAUCCGCUGGUACAGACACUGCCGAAGCAUCUCUGAUACCUCUGGAGCUGUGUCUUUUGAUGAUGAGGAGGAGGAGGAGGAGGAGGAGGAAGAGGAUGAACAGGAAGAAGGUUCCAAGCAGUGACGCUGUGCUCUCGCUCGCCCUUUUGUCUCGGUCCCUUUGUAGUAACCCUUCUGUGAAGUGUUUGUCCAGUCUGUUAUGCAUUCAGAGACAAUGACUUGUUUUUCUUCUCCAUACUUUUAAAGGGAUAGUUCAUCUAAAAAUGAAAAUUCUGUCAUCAUUUUUGCUCCCUCUUGUCUAUCAAAAUCUUUUUUAUCUUUCUUCUGUGGAACACAAAUAAUGCAGAAUCAGGGUUAUUAUAGUUAAAAACUGAAGCUAAAGUUAAAACCAAGUUAAAAAUUCUAAUAAAACAAGUUAACUGUAAUAAUUUAUAUGUCCAGUAAACACUUUGAAUAUAUAUUUCAGCUUUUUGCCAAGGCAACAUUUCUCAUUUAAUUUGGUUUACCUUGAUGUACUAAAAAAAAACUAAAACCAUAAAAUUAAAUAAAAACAAAUUAAAAUGUAAGUGAAUGUAAUGGAAAAUGGAAAAUAUUCAAUGAAAUAUAAAACUGAAAAAUGUGACAAAAAUGUGCAAGCCAGUGUUAUUUAAGUAUCAUUGAUAUACUGUUAUAGUUUUGUUAAUUUUUUAUAUUUUUAUAUUUUAAUAUUUAAGUUUUAAUAAUGUUGUUGGUUGUCAUUUUUAUUAGUUUUUUAAAAAUAUGUACAUUUAGUUUUUAAGUUUUAGUUUAUUUAGUUUAUUUUACUUAAACUUCUGUCUCAAUUUUGACCAAGUUUUGACUGAACAUAAUGAAAACGAGAAAUUGUGUCUCCGCAACUAGCUGAAAUAAAAUAUGAUUUUAUAUAUUUUAUUUAGUUUCAGUUAAUGUUUAUUUCAAGCGACGUUUUUUUAUUUUUUUCAAUAUGGUUUUAGUUUUAUUUAACGAUAAUAACCCUGAUUCAAGCUGCUCUUUUCGAAACAGUGAAAAUGAAUGCAAACAAAGAAGCAAGAAUUUCAGGAACGACGACUUAAAUUUUAGCCACACAAAUGAUAGUACGGCUUCAGAACACUAAAAAUAUAGCGCAUAAGUCAUGUGGACCACCUAUGAUACUUUAAUGGUGCUUAUUUAAAGUUUCCCUUUCAUUUCCAGUUUAAAAUUUCAUUGUAUAGAAAAGAGCAGCAUGAACAACUUCCAUUUGGAUAACUGAAAGUGUUAGUUCACCCAAAAAUGAAAAUUCUGUCAUUAAUUACUCGCCCUCAUGUCGUUCCAAACCUGUAUGACCU